AUGGCAUGUGAUAGCAGGUGUAUAUCACGGUCGAAACCAGAGGCUCCUCUCACGGAUCAUCUGUCCACAGCCUUUGACUUGGAAUCGUGUAAUUACUCUCUUUUACGCCCUUUUUGUUUAUUAUUUUCUUUAACUUCUUUCCUAACAUUUGAGAGAACGAGACACGGAAAUACGUUGAUCAGGCUUUCUUCUUUGCCCUUUACUUUCCGUUUUCUUUCUCUUAUUCAUUGUUUUUUUUUCUUUUUCUUUCACAUUUUUAGUCUUUUUUCCUUUUCUUUCUGUCAUGGUAUUUUCUUUUCUUUUAUCGCUUUAAUAUUUCUUUUCUUGCUUUCCACUUAUAAUUUCCUUCUUUGUUUCUGUUAUAGUUUUAAACACGCUUUCAUUUUGUUUUCUCCUCUCUCUCUCCUACAGUCUCCACCUGUUUCCUUUUUCUUCUCUCUCUACCUCUGUGUCUGUCGUAAUUCUUUUUUAUACUAUUAUUCUUUCUUUUAUCCUCUCUCUCUUCUUUUUUCCUGCUCUCUCUUUUCUUUCAUCUUGCAUAGUUUAACUUUCUUCUUUUUAUCACUCCAGUACAUUUCCUUCAUUGUCUCCUUUUUUUCUUUCCUUCUUCAGCUUUCUCUUUUUUGUCUUAUUCAUUUCUUCUUUCUUUCUUUCUUUCUUUCUCAUCCAUUUGUCAUAGUCUCUUCUUUCCUUCCUUCAACAGGUUUCUCUUUUCUUUUUUUUCCUUUGUCCUCUAUAGCUUUAGUCACUUUUUUCUUUCUUUUUAUUUCCUUAACACAUUUGUCAUAUAGUCUCUAUUUUCUUUCUUUAAUAGUCUACCCUAUCUUUUUUGCUUUAGUUUCCUCUUUCAAAAGCGCUAUCCUCUCUCUUCUUCUCAUUUCCUUCUCUCAUAAUUAUAACCGAUGUUCCUUUCCUCUUCCCUCUUAUAGUUCUAUUGUUACUUUCAUUCUUUCUUUAGAUAUUAAAUUUCUUCUUCUUUGCUUUCUUUUUAUCUUCGUAUCUUAUGCGUUCUUUCUUCCUCUCUUCUUCAUUUUCUUUCAUUUUCAACGUUUUCUUCUCUCUUCCUUUCUCUAUUAUAGCUUUUAA